AUGGGUGCAUACAAGUACUUGGAAGAGUUGCAAAGAAAGAAACAAUCCGACGUCUUGAGAUUCUUGCAGAGAAUCAGAGUCUGGGAAUACAGACAGAAGACCGUCAUCCACCGCGCUUCCAGACCUUCCAGACCAGACAAGGCCAGAAGACUGGGCUACAAGGCCAAGCAGGGCUUCGUCAUCUACCGUGUCAGAGUGAGACGUGGUAACAGAAAGAGACCUGUGCCAAAGGGUGCCACCUACGGUAAGCCAACCAACCAGGGUGUCAACCAGCUAAAGUACCAGCGUGCUUUGCGUGCCACUGCCGAGGAGCGUGUCGGCAGACGUGCUGCCAACUUGCGUGUGUUGAACUCCUACUGGAUCAACCAGGACUCCACCUACAAGUACUUCGAGGUCAUCCUUGUCGACCCAUCCCACAAGGCCAUCAGACGCGACGCCAGAAUCAACUGGAUCGCCAACCCUGUGCACAAGCACCGUGAGGCCAGAGGUCUAACCGCCACCGGCAAGAAGUCCAGAGGUAUCAACAAGGGCCACAGAUUCCACAACACCCAGGCCGGCAGAAGAAAGACCUGGAAGAGACAGAACACUCUAUCUCUGUGGAGAUACAGAAAGUAA